UUGUAAUUCCGAAAAAUUAACUGAAACUUGCUGAAAUCCACACAAAUGAGUGCUACAAGCCGUAAAGGCCCGGUUUUCGACCCGGGCCUGUGCCGUUGUUGCGGCGCGCUGAAGAAAUGUCGCCUGUUGAACCACGAAUACGAAUGGCAAGGAAAGAAAGAAGUGUACUCAGAUAUGUUCGUGGAUUGCUUUGGUUUAAUGCUUUCACACCUUGAUGGCUCCGAGCUGGAGCGCCUGAUCUGUGCCACCUGCGUGCUGAGACUGCGGGACGCCAGUGCGUUCCGCGGGCAGGUGCUGCGCUGCGAGGAGACACUGCUUCAGGCUAGCAUACAUGUGCACGGAGACAAUGGUCUUCCGGAGGUGAAGCAGGAGCCCGGACUGAAGCUAGAGAGGCCCGGGGAGGUACCCGUGGUACCCGAGGCCCCGGAUGAUGUCAUGGACCCCCACUAUGUGGAUGAUGGUGUUGGUGACGAUGUAGACGUCACAGUGGCGAAGCCAAAGAAAUCACUGAAGAAGGAAAAGAAGAAAGUGAAGCGGCGAGAGCAGCGCGGCAAGCGCGAGCUCAUGGAGAAGAUGAGGAGGACUGGGGAGAGGCUGAGGAGACUGGCGAAGAUCGGUAAAUAUAACGAUAAGAAGGUGAAAGUGAAGCGGCGAGAGCAGCGCGGCAAGCGCGAGCUCAUGGAGAAGAUGAGGAGGACUGGGGAGAGGCUGAGGAGAUUGGAGAAGAUCGGUAAAUAUCACGAUAAGAAGGGGAAAGUGAAGCGGCGAGAGCAGCGCGGCAAGCGCGAGCUCAUGGAGAGGAUGAGGAGGACUGGGGAGAGGCUGAGGAGACUGGCGAAGAUCGGUAAAUAUAACGAUAAGAAGGGGAAAGUGAAGCGGCGAGAGCAGCGCGGCAAGCGCGAGCUCAUGGAGAGGAUGAGGAGGACUGGGGAGAGGCUGAGGAGACUGGCGAAGAUCGGUAAAUAUAACGAUAAGAAGGUGAAAGUGAAGCGGCGAGAGCAGCGCGGCAAGCGCGAGCUCAUGGAGAAGAUGAGGAGGACUGGGGAGAGGCUGAGGAGACUGGCGAAGAUCGGUAAAUAUAACGAUAAGAAGGUGAAAGUGAAGCGGCGAGAGCAGCGCGGCAAGCGCGAGCUCAUGGAGAAGAUGAGGAGGACUGGGGAGAGGCUGAGGAGAUUGGAGAAGAUCGGUAAAUAUCACGAUAAGAAGGGGAAAGUGAAGCGGCGAGAGCAGCGCGGCAAGCGCGAGCUCAUGGAGAGGAUGAGGAGGACUGGGGAGAGGCUGAGGAGACUGGCGAAGAUCGGUAAAUAUAACGAUAAGAAGGGGAAAGUGAAGCGGCGAGAGCAGCGCGGCAAGCGCGAGCUCAUGGAGAGGAUGAGGAGGACUGGGGAGAGGCUGAGGAGACUGGCGAAGAUCGGUAAAUAUAACGAUAAGAAGGUGAAAGUGAAGCGGCGAGAGCAGCGCGGCAAGCUCGAGCUCAUGGAGAAGAUGAGGAGGACUGGGGAGAGGCUGAGGAGACUGGAGAAGAUCGGUAAAUAUAACGAUAAGAAGGUGAAAGUGAAGCGGCGAGAGCAGCGCGGCAAGCGCGAGCUCAUGGAGAAGAUGAGGAGGACUGGGGAGAGGCUGAGGAGAUUGGAGAAGAUCGAAAUGCAACCGGCGGUGAAGAGGCGAGUGGUGGACGCGGACUACAAGGCGUACAGAGAGUGUGUGACGCUAGUGGAGAGCUCGUACGCGUGCCCGUUCGACACGUCGUUCAGCGACUACUACUGUACAUAUCUAAUCCAACCGGCGGUGGAGAGGCGAGUGGUGGACGCGGACUACAAGGCGUACAGAGAGUGUGUGACGCUAGUGGAGAGCUCGUACGCGUGCCCGUUCGACACGUCCAUUUUUUUCCAGGUUUUCACGGACCCUGACAAGCUACGCGAGCACACUCUAACCCACGACCCAUCCGCCUACAAAGACAUCGUGACAGCUGUCAAAAAGCUCCCCCAAAUCGACGUCCACCGCAUAGACUGUCGCCUCUGCCCUGUCAAAAUUAACACCCUUGACAGUUUCAAAGAUCACCUCAACAACGCACACGGAACGACAUUCCACCCCAACCCUAGCGAUUUCCUAACUUACAAACUAACUUUAACUAACCUAACUUGUCUAGAAUGUGAUCAGUCUUUCGGAUUCUUCCACGCCCUAAGAAAGCACAUGGCUGAACACUUCGGCACGUGUAUUUGCGACGUUUGCGGCGCGCAUUACUUCGAAGAGCGCAUGUUGGUAUUACACCAAAAAACACACCAGAGAAUCGACGAAAAUUUCCCAUGUAAAGAUUGCGGGAAGAACUUUAAAUCAAAACACAGUAGGUAUUUACACGAAGCGCGGACACAUAAAAAGGAACCGGCGUACCAGUGUGUUAAAUGCGAUGCUGUGUUAUUUUCUUACACUUUAAGGUAUCGUCAUAUGAUCGAGGUGCAUGGCGAAGAGAGGCUUUUUCCUUGCGAACAUUGCGAUAGAGCAUACGACAGUAGAAAAUCGCUUCGGGAACAUAAUAGGCGGUCGCAUUUAAAAAUAUUUAAACACCAAUGCGAUUUGUGCGAUAAAAGAUUCUACCUACCCUCAAGGCUUAAAGAGCAUAUGGCAACGCAUACUGGGGAAAGGAACUAUAGGUGUGAGUAUUGUGGGAAGAGUUAUCCGAGACUUAGAGGCUUGAAAGUUCAUAUGCAGUCGCAUGGUGCCGAGAAAAAGUUUAGAUGCACGCUGUGUGGGGCGGCCUUUACGCAGAAUGUUAAUUUGAGGAAUCACGUUAAGAGACAGCAUCAGAGUCUAGAUUUGGAUGAGUUUCACGAUUAAUUCGAAUAUACAG